AUGAUAGAGGAAGGCAAGAGCAAAGCUGGAGGCAGCGAUCAGCUAAAAGGUUACUCUCUGAUCCAGGUCCCGGAGCAGCAGCCCAUUACUUUGUGUAGUGGGGUUGAAGAUACAAAGCAUUAUGAGGAAGCCAAGAAAUGUGUAGAAGAGUUAGCAUUGUACCUGAAACCACUCAGCAGUGCUAGAGGAGUGGGUCUGAAUAGCACUACUCAGAGUGUUCUGAGUCGCCCAAUGCAGAGGAAGCUGGUGACGCUGGUCCACUGCCAACUAGUGGAAGAAGAAGGCAGGAUUCGUGCUAUGAGAGCAGCUCGAUCUUUAGGUGAACGAACAGUUACAGAGCUCAUUCUUCAGCACCAGAAUCCUCAGCAACUCUCCUCUAAUCUUUGGGCAGCAGUCAGGGCUAGGGGCUGCCAGUUCCUUGGACCAGCAAUGCAGGAGGAAGCUUUAAAGCUGGUUCUCCUGGCCUUGGAAGAUGGUUCUGCUUUGUCAAGAAAAGUAUUGGUUCUCUUUGUGGUGCAAAGGUUGGAGCCGCGGUUUCCUCAGGCCUCUAAAACUAGCAUUGGGCAUGUUGUCCAGCUCCUUUAUAGAGCUUCCUGCUUCAAGGUCACCAAACGUGAUGAAGACUCUUCUUUGAUGCAGCUAAAAGAAGAAUUUAGAACCUAUGAAGCUUUGCGGCGAGAACAUGACUCCCAGAUAGUGCAAAUUGCCAUGGAAGCAGGCUUACGAAUUGCACCAGACCAAUGGUCCUCUUUACUUUAUGGAGACCAGUCUCACAAGUCUCAUAUGCAGUCAAUUAUUGACAAGUUGCAGACCCCAGCCUCUUUUGCACAAAGUGUUCAGGAACUAACAAUUGCUCUCCAGCGAACUGGAGAUCCAGCAAAUUUGAACCGACUAAGACCCCAUUUGGAGCUAUUGGCAAACAUUGACCCUAGUCCAGAUGCUCCUCCUCCUACUUGGGAGCAGCUGGAAAAUGGACUGGUUGCUGUGCGGACUGUGGUACAUGGGCUAGUAGACUAUAUCCAGAACCAUAGCAAAAAGGGAGCAGAUCAACAGCAGCCUCCACAGCAUAGCAAAUAUAAAACAUACAUGUGUCGAGAUAUGAAGCAGAGGGGAGGAUGCCCUCGUGGGGCCAGCUGUACGUUUGCACACUCACAGGAGGAACUGGAGAAGGAUGACAGUCUAGAGUUGAGGAGGAAUAAGGGGACUUUUGUUAAACCAGGUGUGAGUAUUGAGGCCUGGAUUAGUGUGGUGGGAAAGAAGAAGGAGGGAUUUGAAAAAAUCGUCAAAUUUGAAAAAUUAGCCAGCUUUAAUGACAAUACCAGCUUAUUGUUGCUUUUGGUUCCUUUUUUGUAUUGUACAGGUAUGUACUAUACUACACCACCACAGUGUGUAUCUCGCUUUGUCAGACCUCCACCAUCUGCUCCUGAACCUGGUCCUCCCUACUUGGAUCAUUAUCCACCCUAUCUCCAAGAUCGUGUAGUAAACUCUCAGUAUGGCACACAGCCACAACAAUACCCACCUAUGUACCCACCACACUAUGAUGGCCGCCGAGUAUACCCUGCUCAGUCUUACACAAGAGAGGAGAUUUUCCGAGAAAGUCCUAUACCCAUUGAGAUUCCACCUGCAGCAGUACCAUCCUAUGUACCAGAAUCCAGAGAAAGAUACCAACAGAUGGAGGGUUACUAUCCAGUGGCACCUCAUCCAACUCAGAUCAGACCUUCGUACAUGAGAGACCCUCCGUAUAGCCGGCUUCCUCCUCCUCCUCAGCCCCAUCCUAGUCUAGAUGAGCUACAUCGCAGACGAAAGGAAAUAAUGGCCCAGCUCGAGGAAAGGAAGGUUAUCUCUCCACCUCCUUUUGCACCUUCACCAACAUUGCCUCCUACCUUUCAUCAAGAGGAAAUCUACAGUCCAUCUAGAAUUGAUUCUUGUUACUACGUUAGGAGUAAAGAUCCAUUUUUUCCCCCAAAAGAUACCUCAUUGACCUAG